AACGACGUCAUCUAGAGUAUAAGUUUGUUAACAGUGAUAAACGACUUGAAGACUCGUGAAGACGAAGAAGAAGAGCAAUCGAAGAAAAGAGGGAUUUGUGUUUGUUUGUUGUUCUUCGAUUGAAAAUGGUGAAAUCGACGAGUAAGGAUGCUCAGGAUCUAUUUCGAUCUCUUCGGUCUGCUUAUUCUGCUACUCCGACUAAUCUUAAGAUCAUCGACUUGUAUGUCGUUUUCGCUGUCUUCACCGCUCUGAUUCAGGUGGUUUAUAUGGCUUUGGUGGGAUCAUUUCCAUUUAACUCGUUCCUAUCUGGAGUUCUCUCUUGUAUCGGGACAGCAGUUCUUGCUGUUUGCCUCCGGAUUCAAGUGAACAAAGAAAACAAGGAAUUCAAGUGCAAGAGGAAGACUAUUAAAACUAAACUAGGAGGAUUUUUAUGGGAAUGUGGCUAUGUUUGAAGUCAGUUUUCAGCUGUAUGAGAUAAGAGUUUGAAAGGGAAGUAGGCAGAAACUGUUUAGGCAUUUUAGAAUUUCUUAGGGUUUAGGUUGGGGAUGUGGGAGGGUUAGAGAUUCUCGUGACCAAUCACUUGGUUAGUACAUUGAUUCCAUCGAAGAAAUAUACUAGGCUCUGGACAUAUAGAUGAUAAAAAAGAACUUCUGAAAUCUGAACAUGGGAAUCAAUUUUCUGAGAAACUUGUCAUUGAUCUCAUUUUCCCUUGGGAGUUGGGGUUUAUAUACACCCCAAUAGUUUCAUUAGAUUCCUGCAAUGUACUAUUGUAUAAUAACCGAAAUAUCAUUUUGAAAACUGCAGGAUUUAGCACCUGAGAGAGCUUUUGCUGAUUUUGUUCUCUGCAACUUAGUCCUCCAUUUGGUGAUCAUCAACUUCCUCGGAUAGAGGUUUCACUCUCCUGUCUACAAGUUGCUUUCAUGCUUUAAUGUACUGGAGUUUUUAGGUGUCACUUGGAAUCAAAACUCUAGUUUGAGAUAUUUUUGUUGUUGUCGAAGUAUCAAACUUUUAUUAGUGUCUCUCUCACUCAAUAACAGAGUCUCCUGCAGUAAUGGCCUAAUGGGACCCUUUGAUUCGAUUCGGUUCUCUCGGCCUAUAUAUAAACCACUCAGACUCUGACACUUGUCAUAAAACCCAAUCCUCAAGUUGGUGGAAUUGAGUUUUGUGCCGUUUAUGUCACAAACAAACUCACGAUACUCUUUAAAUGAGAAAAAAGGAGAGAAUCUGAUAUCAUAAUUGAAGCUUAUCUAGUCAGUGUGUGAAAUAUCACGAGUGAAUAUGAAGUGACAAACUGUAAAUCUAAUUUUACAGUUUAACUUUUAAAUUUUG